AUUGUGGUUCUUGUAGUUUGUUAAGCACGAAAAGCCCAAGCAUUAGAAUACUUUGGACUCCAUAUCCCAGGCGGCAGUGCGGCGCCUCCAGAUGUAACUGCGGAAGGUGAGCAAACUGAGGAGGAUUGAGAAGGCAGCCGUCUAAGUGACCAAGAGAAAGCGCCGUGCUGAGAUAGUCUGCUGGUGAUCUGACUUUGCUCUAUACGAACAGAUCUGCUGCUACAGGCAUGUCUGCAUUACCUUUCGGCCAACACCUUAUCAAGGCAUCGGCAGUAUUUCUGAGGACGGAAUUAUGUUUUGCGCUGGUAAACCGAAAACCAGUGCUUCCAGGUCAUGUCUUGGUGUGCCCAGUGCGUGUUGUCGAGCGGUUCCGUGACCUGCGUCCAGAAGAGGUUGCUGACCUGUUCAAGACCGUCCAGAGAGUGGCGGACGUUGUAGAGCGGCACUUCCAGGCCACAUCCCUGACAAUCGCCAUUCAGGAUGGCCCUGAAGCCGGACAAACAGUGAAGCACGUCCAUGUGCAUGUGCUGCCGAGACGGGCCGGGGAUUUCCAGAGAAACGACAGCAUCUACGAUGAGCUCCAGAAACAUGACCGAGAAGACCAGGAAACUCCUGACAAGUGGAGAACGGAGGAGGAGAUGGAGACAGAGGCCUCCCAUCUAAGAAAACAUUUUGACUAGGCCCGACCCUAGCAGCAUCCUUGGAUUCUUCUUCAUGGCUAAACUCUGCAGCUAUUGGCUGUAAUGACAUCCAACUGGAAUAAUAAUGAAGUAUUAAAGUUCUGGUGUUUAAA